AUGAGCGCCCACGUUGUGGUUAUCGAUGCUACAGCUAAGAGGGCAACAAUCAAGACAACCCCGGCCAAAUACUUGACAGACAUAUUGCAAGAAGCUUGCUCGAAGCUUGGAUAUAACUCAAGUCAAUAUGGACUCAAGCAUAAUCGCAAACAACUGGACCUAUCCCUCACCUUCCGCCUCUCCGGCCUUAGCUCUGGAGCAAAACUGGAGCUUGUUCAAGCAUCCCGCUCCCCCUCCGUCGUUACAGUUGGUCUUCAACUGCCAGAAUCUGAAGCCCAGGGUGCUCCCAAUGGACGCAUACAAGACAAGUUCCCAAGCACAACCACUCUCUGGUUGAUUUUGCGCAAGUUCGAGGCCGGAGUCGCAGGAAACGGACAAGUACGAAAUCUCACGGCGCGCGGGGUACCUUCUACAAUUGACGGCGACUGUGGCUCUGGGCGAUUAUUCUACGAGAGCCCUGUUCUGCGGAUUUUGGAUCGCGAACUUUCAAGCUUCACGGAUCUGCAAAAAUCACUUGCCCAGUUAGGUUUUAAUAACGGUAGCGUGUUGAUGCGAGUCGGGUUCAAACGAACAGAGGAGCCAUUAGAGGAAGCUAUGGUGAAGAUUGCUGAAUACUUCAAGUCAACUGGAGAUGAUACACCAGUGCCAUCACAAACCCAAACCCCUCCGGUUCCUGCCAUCGAGGAGACCACUGCAGCAUCAGAGCAAGAAUUUGCUAGCGAACCAAAUGUCCCGAAUAGUGUACCCAUAGCAGCAGCUCCCGAGUUGCCGACAUCUACCCGAUCUGUCACUGUCUUCUCUCCUCCAUCCGGUGACACCCCGUUCUCCGCACAAGCGCCAUACAAUGAAGAAGACUAUAUCCCCUCCAUUGAGCAUGCCACGGCUCAUCAGCGUCAACUAAACCAGUCCUCCCGUCCACAUCGUCUACCAACAGACGCUGAGAUCGCCGCCAAAGCUGCUGCAGAAGAACAACGGCGCGCAGAUAUUCGCGAAGUAGACGUCAAAAUCCGGUUCCCGGAUCAAAGCCAGGUAGUCGCCAAGUUCGGCCCAUCAGAUACCGGCCAGUCACUCUAUGACUUCGUGCGCAGCUGUCUGGUGCCAACAUAUGCAGAAGUAAAGUUCGCAUUGAACGCUUUCGCCAGUGCAGCACCAGCUCGUGCCGGACAUGCGAAUGUCAUACCGGAAAAUCAGACUCUGUUGAUCAAGGGUCUUAAGCUGGAAGGAAGAGUCCUGGUUAGUUUUACAUGGGCUGACAAUGCAAGCUCUGCGACCCAUCAGCAACGAACGGACAUUUUACGUUCGGAACUCCGCAGCCAGGCCCAGGAAAUCAAGGUUGAGCAGCUACCGGAGCCUGUCCAGGAGCCUUCUAAGGCGACAGCGGAGGCAGGUCCUAGCGGCAGUGCGGACGCAAGUAAGGUUGGAUCACGAAAGAGUGGCGGUGUGCCUAAGUGGUUGAAACUGCCUGGAAAGAAAUGA